ACGGUGUCGGUCACUUUGAACCUAGACAGUAUCAGAAUGCCCGAACCAGCGAAGUCCGCGCCCAAGAAGGGCUCCAAGAAAGCCGUCACCAAGGCUCCUGGCAAGGGGAAGGGUAAGAGGAGGAAGACCAGGAAGGAAAGCUACGCCAUCUACGUGUACAAGGUGCUCAAGCAGGUGCAUCCCGACACCGGAAUCUCGUCCAAGGCCAUGAGCAUCAUGAACUCGUUCGUCAACGACAUCUUCGAGCGCAUCGCUUCCGAGGCAUCUCGCCUGGCUCAUUACAACAAGAGGUCCACCAUCACAUCCCGGGAAAUCCAGACCGCAGUGCGACUCCUGCUGCCCGGGGAACUGGCCAAGCACGCCGUGUCCGAAGGCACCAAGGCGGUCACCAAGUACACCAGCUCCAAGUAGACCAUGUGACGUCAUUGCAACAACCAACGGCUCUUUUAAGAGCCACAUAAUCCUUCUAAAGAAACAAUUAUCUAAUUAUUGUAUUGUGUGUACAGACAGUACAGUGUAGACCAGGGGUGUCAAACGUACGGCCCGAGCCCCGGAUCAUGCCCGCGGAGAGGUUUUAUCCGGCCCGCGGGAUGAUUUUGCUAAGCAUGAAAAUUAACCUGAAAUUUUUGAAUGAAA